AUGGCAGCCCAGCUCUCUGCCAUGCAUGUGGCCAGGUUCCACUCUUCUUCCAAAGUACCGUCUCCUGUAUAUUUGAAGGGAUGCAAAGAACCUCAUGGGGAUAAAGACAUCAAAAGCAACAACCACUCCAAAUUAAGCAAAUUAUUCUCAGUUGAUUCCUCAGUGCCUGAGAGCAAGGGACAGAAAAAGCGAUCAAAUUCUAUACAAGAAUUCUCUGAAUCAUUCGAAAAGCAGCUUGCGCUUCGGACCAAGCGCUCCACCUCUCUGGGAGAGCAUUCAAUCCCGAGGAGGAAUUCGUCCUGCAGAGAGAAGGAUGAAGACGAGGACCCAUGUGUUAUCUGCCAUGACGACCUUCACACUGACAGCAUCUGGGAGCUGCACUGCUCACACAGAUUCCAUAAAGAGUGUAUAGAAAAAUGGUUGUGCAAGAAGCAGACGUGCCCCACGUGUCGAGUGCAGGUCAUCACAUCCAAGUCGUUCUUCUUAUCUUCUGCCCGGAUGAAAGUUCCCUGAAGAACAGAGUUGUAAAUUUCUUCUCUGCAGGUGCAAUAAACUGGCAAUGCCCGAGUCUGCUUCUGACACCUGACAGCUGUACAGCGCACUGACUUUUUAUAUGAUAGAAUCUUAUUUUUACAGGUGAUUCCAUUUUGUGGUACAGAAUAUUUUAGACCUUACAUUUCUAAUUUUUAUUUUACAGCUGUACAGUAAAUAAAGUUA